GUAUACGUCGCUGCGUGAUCGCUGACAGGCCUUCUCGCUUCUCAAUCUUCUGUGUCUGAACUGUUCAAUACCCCCCACUCCCAUCAUUUUGCGACAGACUUAGUGCCUGCGAUCCUCCGCCAUCGAGGCUGCUCAGUCAACAUGGACGACCCGGCGACCCGUGUUCCCGCGCAGCUGCUGCCGCACAUGCAUCUGGUGUCGCGGCAACGCUAUCCAUUGAUGCAUAUGAUGCCUACAGACACUGUUGUCGAAUACCUGCUCGGCGCAGCCAAGGUCGUGCGCGAACAGCAACCAAUGCACUGGACCUUCCUCGAUGCGCCUCAAGAUGGGUCGGUUAUGCUUACAUGGCAGCCACUCAACCAACUCGGAACCAAUUUCGCUAGUGAUGGAUAUGUUUGGGCCGAUGUCGAACAGGCCUUCACCUUUGAUGCUCGUGGCUAUACAGUCGAGAUGUGGCUACACCGUAGCGGAUAUCACCCUCCGAACGAAUCCAUGGCGAUGCAUUGCCGUCGCCGGUAUCGUCUGCUGCCUCCGAAGGUUCCCAACCCCAACCUGCCCAACCCCGAUCCCGCCUUGUGGAUCGUCCACUACACGAGAGCACCUCCUCAAGACCACAUUCCUGCGAGCCGGAUUCCCGUCAUACCUCAGGUGCAGAACAUGCUAGCUCAGCGGCGCUUCUUGCAGAGCCAAGGCCAGCUUGCCCGCAAGGACUUCAUGCUGCACGAUCGGAACAACUGGCCCGCCAUCAACUUCCCCCCACACAUGGCGCCCCAGGGCUUCCCGCAGAUGCCUGGAGCUUACCCGAGUGCUAUCGUCGGACGUCAGCCAUUCUACCCUCCACCCGGACCAGGCGUGCCGCCUCCCGCCGCUGCCCCGCCGGCCAAGGCCCCCCGCGGGCAUCGUGCUUCUUCCACCGCGGUGAACGCUGCCACCACAGAUUUUGCCCUGGAGGAUGAAGACGUCUCGACUGGGGACAUCAUGGAUCUCCUCACACCUCGCGAGAUCAGUAAAGUGCGCUACACGCAACAUCAUGAGUGGAUGGAGGAGAUAUUCGCUUCGCCUUAUGCCAUCAGUCAGAUCACGCCCGUCUCUCUGGGCCUAGGCCGGAAAGGUGCACUCGAAUCAUUGACGGCCGGCUUCUUUGAUGCACCGGUCGGACCUACCAACGGAGAAACAAAAGAUGCCACCGCCACCUCGCAGGCUGAGAAGUUGGAACCCGCCAAGGCCGAGGAGUUCGCUGAUCGGGUUGCUAAGAAGGUCGCGGAUAUGACGGCGGAGAUCGAGAAGCUAAAAAAGCGCCACGCACGUCGAAUGGAGAAGUUCAACCGCACAUCUCUCCUCAAGGACGCAGAACUCCGUCUCCGGGAAGCCGCAGCGGAUCCCGCAGAGACAGGCUCGGAGCCAUGGAGAUUGGAAGGUCGCCUGGUGCUUCCCUCGGAAGAGGAUGACUCGCAGGCGGCUCACAUUGAGAACCCGGCCAAGUACAAAGUUGACGAUAUUGUGCGGGACGUGGAGAAAGUGUGGCAGAGGCAGAUUGUGCCGGAGCCUCGAGUCUCUUGUGUGCAGAAAGGUGGUCUGCUCGAGAAAAUCGAACCGGAGCAGAAGCCCGAGUCUCAACCUGAGGGGGACAUUGAUAUGGAAAAUGCCGACAGCCACUUUUUGGAUCAGCUGGGCUCACCGGGAACAGCUCCAGGUGUCUCGUCAACAAUGCAGGAUGCCGGCCAGACUGGGCCAACACAUGUUCCUAACCCGGCCGGCGCACCUGGAGCGGGUGGGGCAGUCCCACAACAGCCUCAACCGGCAGCGCACGUCCCUCAGCAGGGCCCCUCAACCUCUUUGGACAUCGAAAUGGAUAUGGGCGACCAGCAACCUGCGAGUGCCGCUGGGGAGACUGGAGACUGGGUGAUGGUCAACGAAGAGAAGAAGGACCAGACUGUACCUGGCGAAAGCUCUUUACCUGGCGUCGAUACUCCGGGCAGCGGCCUCCAAGGAUUAACCCCCGGCAACGCAGGCAGUUCCGGGGACAAUGGUCUGGACGGGGCCAACUUCGACUUUACCAACAUGGACAGCGCUGGCGACGCACUCGCCGCAUACACCGAGCAGAAUGAUGGGCUUGAUCUUCCCGACCUGGAGAACUCCGCCUUCGGAGACGCUUUCCAUGCGUCGGAUAAUGAAAAUACCCACCAUCACGAUGCCGACGACAUGUCCUAAGAGAGUCGGCUGCCGACCUGGGUGUUUCGGGAUAGUUCUAGAUGUCUUGUAAUGAAUCGGUGCGGUGUUGUUGGUAUGGUAUUUAACCGCUUGGUCUGGCGCUAAAUUUGUUUCUUGUGGUCGUCUUCCGGCCUUCCAAGCGCUGUCACGUAUAGGUCGAGGUGGAGACCGGUGUAGAGAUAGGGAUAUGCCGUUGCUGUUGUCUCCUGGAUCCGAAUCAAUAAGGUGACAGGGUUUCAAAUCUAC